CCCACCGUUAUCCACGGCAGCUCUCGCGAGAUGUGCCUUUCUCCGCGUAGCCCUGUAGGUUCUCGCGAGAACUGGGCGCCGAUCGCCGACGGGGUGGACAAGAUGGCGGCCACAACGACCAUCUCUCUGGGCACGGAGUCCAUUAAGAUGGAGAAUGGUCAGAGCACAGCAGCCAAGCUGGGGCUCCCCCCCCUCACUCCGGAGCAGCAGGAGGCCCUACAGAAGGCGAAGAAGUACGCGAUGGAGCAGAGCAUCAAGAGCGUGCUGGUGAAGCAAACCAUCGCCCACCAGCAGCAGCAGCUCACCAACCUGCAGAUGGCAGCAGUGACAAUGGGCUUUGGAGAUCCUCUCUCACCUUUACAAUCGAUGGCAGCUCAGAGGCAGCGCGCCUUGGCCAUCAUGUGCCGCGUGUACGUGGGCUCCAUAUACUAUGAGCUGGGAGAAGACACCAUUCGUCAGGCCUUUGCCCCGUUUGGACCUAUAAAAAGCAUUGAUAUGUCCUGGGACUCUGUUACCAUGAAGCACAAGGUUGGCCACAGCAUCAGGAUGGGUCACUAUGGGUCUCUAUGUGUCUAUUUGUCCCUAUGGACGCUAUGGGGUCACUAUGGGUCUAUAUGGGGUCACUAUGGGUCUCUAUGUCUCUAUUUGUCCCUAUGGAUGCUAUGGGGUCACUAUGGGUCUCUAUGUGUCUAUUUGUCCCUAUGGACGCUAUGGGGUCACUAUGGGGCUUCACACCCCAUGUGCUGUCCCCUGCAGGUGGGGCGGCCCAGCAAUAUCGGUCAGGCCCAGCCCAUCAUCGACCAGCUGGCAGAGGAAGCUCGAGCCUUCAACCGCAUCUACGUGGCGUCCGUGCACCAGGACCUGUCGGACGACGACAUCAAGAGCGUGUUCGAGGCCUUCGGGAAGAUCAAAUCCUGCACCUUGGCCAGGGACCCCACCACGGGGAAACACAAAGGAUACGGCUUCAUUGAAUACGAGAAGGCUCAGUCUUCUCAAGACGCCGUCUCGUCCAUGAACCUGUUUGACCUGGGGGGUCAGUACCUGCGUGUGGGUAAAGCCGUGACCCCCCCGAUGCCGCUCCUGACACCAGCCACCCCUGGGGGGCUGCCCCCGGCUGCGGCCGUCGCUGCUGCCGCUGCCACCGCAAAGAUCACGGCACAGGAGGCGGUUGCAGGCGCUGCGGUCCUUGGCACUUUGGCCACCCCCGGGCUGGUUUCCCCUGCUCUGACCCUGGCGCAGCCGCUGGGGGCGCUGCCGCAGGCCGUGAUGGCAGCGCAGGCACCGGGAGUCAUCACAGGUGUCACUCCCGCCCGCCCCCCCAUCCCCGUCACCAUCCCCCAGGUGGGGGUCGUGAACCCCAUCCUGGCCAGUCCCCCGGCGCUGGGGCUGAUGGAGGUCAAGAAGGAGAAGGAGGAGGAGGAGGUGUUCCAGGAGUCGGAGCGGCCGGAGAUGCUGAGCGAGCAGGAGCACAUGAGCAUCUCGGGCAGCAGCGCCCGGCACAUGGUGAUGCAGAAACUGCUGCGGAAACAGGAGUCCACUGUGAUGGUGCUUCGCAACAUGGUUGACCCCAAGGACAUCGACGAUGACCUGGAGGGCGAAGUGACGGAAGAAUGCGGCAAAUUUGGGGCCGUGAACAGGGUGAUCAUCUACCAGGAGAAACAGGGCGAGGAGGAGGACGCCGAGAUCAUCGUCAAGAUCUUCGUGGAGUUCUCCAUGGCCUCAGAGACUCACAAAGCCAUCCAGGCCCUGAACGGCCGCUGGUUCGCGGGCAGGAAGGUGGUGGCGGAGGUUUACGACCAGGAGAGGUUUGAUAACAGCGACCUGUCGGCGUGAGCCCAGCAACAAGGACUCGACCCCGUCCCCUCCCGUCUGUUUUUUAGCCAUGUGUAAAGAUAAAGAUUGACCCCACGUGGAGCAGCUCUGUCAUGUACCCGUAGUUUGGAUAAAAGCACCAAGAGAGUUAA